GAAACAUAAUCCAGAGUACAAACAACUGCAGACACAAUCACACAACAAUAACAAAACAAAGACGCAUGCUGGAACUCAACAACUGCAAGCACACUUUGACCUUGACCUUCCCCAAUUUCCCUCUCCCCCAAAUCCAAUUAUCAGAUCAUCAACAACAAAACCCCAAUUCAUCUGAUUCCGCUCCUUUCUCAUGGAGUCCGGAAACGGCCUCCAUGAUCUCCUCCAGAUCAUAAAACAGCCCGCAAUAAUCGAAACAUUCGUCGACAUUUUACUCUGCACAGUUCCGAUUUGGCUAGCCGUAAUGAUCGGCUUGCUCAUUGGUUGGUCAUGGCGUCCGCGUUGGACUGGUAUUAUCUUCCUCGGCUUUCGAAGCAAGCUUCGUUUCUUAUGGUCUGCUGCUGCUGCUGCUCCGCCUGGGUUCGGCGCUCGCCGUCUUUGGCUUGCUUUUACUGCGCUCUCUGCCUUUUCUGUUCUUCGAACUCUUUGGUCUUCUUUGAAAGGGAAUGCUAAACAAGCUGUUGGUUCUAAUUUAUCAUCUUCUAACAAUUAUUCUCAUUCGGUGUCUGAUUUAGGGCGUGAAAUUUCUAACAAUAGUAAUGGAGAUAUUGGAGAUUCAGAAUUUGAACAUGAUAUUGUCACUGAGAAUGACCUAGAACACCUCUUGCAUAUUCUUGAAGAAAAGGAUGGGGAAUUUUCUUGGCAAAGCUUGAUGGAACGCACAACAUCAAAUAUGUCAUACAAAGCAUGGCGUCAUGAGCCCGAGAUUGCCCCAACAAUAUAUCGUAGUCGAACAGUAUUUGAGGAUGCAACUGCUGAGCUGGUGAGAGAUUUUUUUUGGGAUGAUGAGUUUCGUCCAAAAUGGGAUCCUAUGCUUACAUAUUUCAAGAUAUUAGAGGAUUGCUCUCAUACAGGAACAAUGACUGUUCACUGGAUUAAGAAGUUCCCCUUCUUCUGUAGUGACCGAGAAUAUAUUAUUGGCCGGAGAAUAUGGGAGGCUGGAAAGGCUUAUUACUGCAUUACAAAGGGGGUCCCGUAUACAAGUUUGCCCAAGCGUGAUAAGCCAAGGCGUGUAGAUCGUUAUUUUUCUAGUUGGGUUAUCAAACCUGCAAAGUCUCUUAGAGAUGGACAAAUGACAGCCUGUGAAGUUACUUUGGUUCAUUAUGAGGACAUGGGUAUCCCUAAAGAUGUGGCGAAAUUGGGUGUGAGGCAUGGAAUGUGGGGAGCUGUUAAGAAACUACAUUCCGGCAUGAGAGCAUAUCAAAAUGCUCGGAAACCGGGGGUAUCCCUUUCCAGGUGUGCCGUGAUGGCAAGCAUUACUACACAUAUUUCCUUUGACGGGGAUACCUCUGAGGUAGCUUCUGGUGAAAACGAGCAGAGUCAAUCUUUAGACCUUCGAACAUGUAAAAAGUUGGGCAUCAUAGACUGGAAAUGGGUUCUUUUAGGAGGAACUGUAGCAGUGAUUUGUGGACUUCAAACAGGGGUUGUAAGAAAAGCUUUGUUGAUUGGAGCAGGGAGGAAAAUUUUGCGGAGCUGAGAUAUGUUUGUCGGGAGUUGUAAUUCUUGUAUAAAUUGUAGGCAAAUGUAUCGUGCAGUAUCCUCAAAUAUUGAUUCAGUAUCCUCAAAUAUUGAUUCAUUUGGCGUUAACAUUUUCUUCAUCUUCGUGUAAGAGCCUCUUUGUAAAAAUUAUGUAUUCGUUUACCCUACAAUUCAUUGCAAGUUGCAGUUAACCACCGGCUUUCCAUUGUACUAAACCAUCACUAGUUUUUAUAUGUAAGGUUGAAGUAGUACUUGUUUGUAGUUUG